AUGCACGCUGCAGUGGCGCCCGUGCCCGCCUCCACGGAAGCUGCGCCCGCAGACGGGCUGGCGGUGCCACCUCCGGCACAGCAGCAGCAGCAGCAGCAGCAGCAGCAGCAGCAGCAGCAGCAGCAGCAGCAGCAGCAGCAAGAGGUCUUCCUUGGCUAUGACCCCCGCAUCGCUGGCUCCUGGGUCAAGGACAAGGCACGCAGCGACCCCAUGGAUGCCGCCAUGAAUGCAAUGAGCAUCGGCGGCAUCAAGCGCCGCGCGAUCGCACUGGUGCGCGGCCUAGAGCUGACGUUCCAGCAGUUCGAGGAAGGGGAUGGCGACGACGACGGCGGCGGCGAGAGCGAGGGCGGCAGCGACGGCGGCGGCGCGGGGAGCGACGAGGUGGACGGCACGGCGGCGGCGGUGCCAGCGCCUCCAGCGAAGGCGGGUGACAAGCCGCUUGACGCUGCGGCGGCGGGCAAGCCGGCGGCCGCGAACGGGCACCACCACCACCAUCAGCAGCCGCAGCCCCGCCAGCGCACGCGCUUCACAUUUGCUGUCUUCUCGGUAGUGCCUAUCCUGAAGGUCCGCGAGCGCUACGUGCUCGACGGCCCCGACUCGUUCCUCCGACGCCGCGACCUCCGCGGCGGCCGCGCGACCGGCCGCGCGCGGCCCAUCGACGGCGGCCGCGCGCUCGAGGUCGCGAUCGAGUGGCCGGCGCCGCACGCGGGGCGGGGGCGCGACGAGAUCAGGGUGCAGGACGACAACCCCGACGAGCUCGUGGUGACGUCACUGCUCACGAUGGAGGACCCUAAUGUGAAGCCCGUGAGCUGCAGGACCGUCUACAGGCGCACGCGCUAG